CGCUCUCGUGGGGUGAGUUUAGAAGAAGGUGGUAGUGAUUUGUUAUCGGGUGGGUAUUGUUUUUUUUAUAUUGUUUUGCGACUUCAUUGAAUACUAGAUUUUUCAUGGAAGAAAACCAAGCUGGAAGAAACUAAUAAAAGAAGAAGAUUGCUGAUUUUUCACGAGCGUUGAAAGGAGCGUCAUGACUGAGCCGGAAGUCCUGACCGAGGUGCCUGCCUCCCUGAAGCGCCUGGCCAAGCAGGUGGUGCGCGGCUUCUAUGGGGUGGAACACGCUCUGGCCGUGGACAUCCUGAUCCGCAAUCCCUGCGUGAAAGAGGAGGACAUGCUGGAGCUGCUCAAGUUCGACCGCAAACAGCUGCGCUCUGUCCUCAACACGCUGAAGGGGGACAAGUUCAUCAAGUGCCGCAUGCGGGUGGAGACGGCCCCGGAUGGCAAGACCACCCGCCACAACUACUACUUCAUCAACUACCGGCUGCUGGUCAACGUGGUCAAGUACAAGCUGGACCACAUGCGGCGGCGAAUCGAGACAGACGAGAGGGACUCCACCAACAGAGCCUCCUUUAAGUGUCCUUGCUGCUUCAGCACUUUUACUGACCUGGAGGCCAACCAGCUCUUUGAUCCCAUGACAGGAACUUUCCGCUGUACGUUUUGCCAGACAGAGGUAGAGGAGGAUGAGUCUGCUUUGCCAAAGAAGGAUGCACGGACACUGGUGGCCAGGUUCAAUGAUCAAAUAGAACCGAUCUAUAUCCUCCUCCGAGAGACGGAGGAGAUCAAUCUGUCUUAUGAUUUACUGGAACCGGAGCCUGCUGAGAUCCCAGCUCUCAAGCAAAGUAGGGAGCGGGCAGCUGCAGCUGCAGCUGGAGCAGCCUCUGGGCCCCAUAGGGAGAACUGGGCUACGAAGGGCUCUGCCUAUGAGGAUCUCUACACACAGAAAGUCAUCAUUAGCAUGGAGGAGCAGGAGGAUCAGAAACGGCUGGCUGGAGAGGGGAAGACACCCAAAGAAAGGCCCAUCUGGUUGACAGAGAGCACUGUCCAGGGUGCAUACAGCGAGCUUGAUGAUAUAAAGCACAGUGCAGAGGCCAUGGACGGGCUGCGGGAGGGCGAAGACGGGCACCACAUGCAGCCUGAUGAGAACGAGGAGGUGAUGCGUGCCCUCCUGAUCCACGAGAAGAAGGGCACAGGCUUGGCUGCGGGACUGGCAGGGGCAGCUGCAAUGGCUGGGGUGUCCCAGUCAGGCAACCACAGUGACUCGGAGAGCGACACCAGCGAGUCUGACGAGGAUUCGCCCCCUCACCCUGCACCCCAGAGCUACCUGAAGAACGAGGAGGAGGACGAAGAUGAUUUUGAAGAAGUAGGAGAAGAGCCCACCGUGCUGGUGGCUGGCCGGCCCUUCCUGUAUCACGAAGUGAGCCAGCGGCCAGAGCUGGUUGAACAGAUGACCCCGGAGGAGAAGGAAGCUUAUAUUGAAAUGAGCCAACAUCUCUUCCAGGCAAUGUAUGAUUAAGGAUCGAUUUUUUUUGUGUAAAGGAAGGCAAGUUCUUUUAUCCUGUUUUAUCUAAUCUUCUCUCCUUAUCUAUGGCAGAAACAAUGAAACUGCAUAUAGCAGAGUGCUGAACUCCUUUAGAUAAGGAAGGGGUUGCAUUUGGGGUACAAGGCUAAAAGUUUAGAAUAUACCUGAAUCCAAUUUCUAAAAA